AUGCUGCGAGCACCCCACCCCGCCGCCGCCGACCCGCGUCCGACGCGGACCACCGGGGCGCCGCCCGUCCGCCGUGUCCUGCUCUUUAGCGUGGGCAACGGCCUGCACAACCAGCUGAUGUCCCUUGUCGAUGGCAUGGUCGUGGCGCGGCGGUACCGCUAUGAGGCCGUGCUGCCGACGAUGUGGGGCGGCAUGGGCGUCAGGGCAGAGAACCGGUCUCAGCCCCUCGGCUUUGAGCAGCUGUACGACGCUCCGCAUUUCGCAGCCUGUCUGCUGCGCGCUGCUCGUCUCCGAGUCCUCUCGGAGCUGCCCUCGGGCUACAUUGCGCGCCGAAUCAAUGCCACGCGGCUGACGGGGCGCAAGGUGAACGACCAUGCAAAUGGCAACCUGGCCGCCUUUGAGCAGGCGCUCGCGGCGGCGAGUCAGCCUCUCCCCGCGGCGGGAGUCGCGGUCGACAUCGGUCGCUUCUACGCGAGGUGGUGGUACGCUCCGGACGACGCCGAGGGCUUUGCGAGCCGGCGCGUGGUCUUGGGGUGCCUGAGGCCGGCGCAGAGCGUCGCCAGCGCGGUGUCCAAGGUGCUGUCGGGGCUGCGCGCGCGGUUUCCCUUGGGCUACACCACCAUCCACCCGAGGCUCGAGCCCGACUGGCGCGCGCACUGCGCGGCGCACCCGUUGCACGACUGUCUGGUGGAUGAGGCGGAGUGGGCCUCGCGGCUGAGCAGGCGCCGGUCGCUGGGGCCUGGGCCCGGGGCGUCGGCGCUCUACGUAGUGGGCGGCGCGAGGUACGACCCACGGCCGUUCCGCGCGCGCAACCUUAGCUCCGUCAGCAAGUACGACUUUGUCUCGCGCGAGGACCUCGUGCCCUUGCGGUACGCCUCGUCGCUCGCGGCCGUCGACUUCUUCGUCGCGCUGGAGGCGGACAUGGCGUACGGCUACAUGUGGUCGUCCAUGGACGUGAUCCUCUUCGAGGCGCGACGGUACGCCUGCCGGCCGAUGGAGCCGAUCCAUCUCCUUCGAGGCGAUUGGGUGAGGGUCGUCUCCAAGUGGACCCGCUCCUACUUUUACUAUGGACUCGACGACGCGCUUCGCCACCUUGGGCGGGCGCCGGCCUGCCGGCCUCGGCCCGGUGGACACGGCGGGGCGCGAGGCCGCCGGUUAAGAGCCGGGCACUCUCGGGAUGUGCCACAAUCUCGCCAGGGUCUCUCGAGUACGCGUUGA